AUGACAGCGCGUGGAUCUCCUGACGAUGACGUGGCCAUAGUCCAAGUGGAGCGCAUCCAUCUACACCCCAACUUCUACCGCCACCUCGGGACACCGGGCUGCGAUAAUGAUAUUGCAUUACUACAGCUCACCGAAUCGGUGGGCUACUCAAUGCGCCGUAUCCCGAUUCACAUCCCGGACCGCUUCCCAGCUUGGCAUCACAGGAAUUUGACUCUGGAGAUUACCGGGUGGGGGCUGCUUGGGAAAAGACAACCGCCCAGCGUCGAUUUGCGGAUGUACCCGGCAAAAUGGCGCCCAUUUCAAGAUUGUAAUCGGGCUUAUUAUCUAACCAGUACGGUCAUCUGCUAUCGGGGCCGGCCGAGGCAUGUCGGUCCAUGUGAGGGCGAUUCCGGCGCGCCAGUGGCCACUAAAUACCACGGUGCCUGGUUGCAACUGGCUGUCCAUACUGGAGCAAUCUCUACCUGCGAUUAUUCGAUCUACACGAUUGCCUAUGGCGUGGAGACGGCCAUCCACUGCGCCUGGCUCCAGCAGACAAUUGGCAUGCGGAAACUCGUCGAUUCUGAUGAAUUUCUUGAGGACCAGGAGCCUUCUGAUAUUGACAGAAAUGUAAUUUUUACCCAAUGGGUGCACGAAUGCACGGGAACGCUGAUCGGACUUCGCUGGGUGCUCACCGCGGCGCAUUGCAACAUCAAAGAAGAGAAUGGGGGGCUGAACGAAAUUCGCGUCGUACUUGGCGCUACGAACAUCAACAUCAAUGGCAAAUACAAGCCGGGAGAUGGGGCGCAAGAAAUCAAGAUCAGGCAUAUCCACCGGCAUCCAAAUGCACGGCCGGUGCCGAACCACAACCGGGUGUUCGACACCUACGACCCGUUCGGGAUCUCGUUGCUCGAGUUGGAUCACGACGUGAGACUCCAUGAGGGUAGUGUCAUCCCGGUUACGCUAGUCCGGGAGGGUUCGGCAGCUUUUGCUACCGUGCGGAAAUAUUGGAGCAUUGUCACCGGGUUCGGAUGGGGCAUCGAGGCUUUGCGAGCCCCCUUCCAUCCCCUCCUUCGCUUCUACCAGGCGGGCUAUACAUCCGGCUGCACCCGGAUCUCACACCCCAACUUUAUCUGCUUCGACUAUCUGGACUACCCGAAGCGGUCGUUUCCUUGCUAUGGAGAUGAGGGAGGCGGCAUCAUCGUGCAAGUGGCUAGUCCGUCCGGUCAUAUGCCAUACUACUGGGUGAUGCUGGCCAUGAACAUUAACGGUCCGCAUUGCUCGGAAAAUCAGCAGCAAGCCCUUCGAGUGACCCUCUUCUGCGAGUGGUUCGAGCAAAUUACCGGCAUCCAAUUCUGCCUCAGCUCGCUUGUU